CUGUCCCUGCUGGCCACGCCAGUGCUGACACCAGCCAGGAUGCCGUUGCCCUCCUUGGCCCCUGGGCACACUGCUGGCUCGUGUUCAGCUGCUGUUGACCAAGCCCCCAGCUCCAGCAGUGCCUUGGCCUUCCUGACCCCCCCCCUACACAACCGGGCAGCGUCCCUAUACUCUUCCCAGGACACCUGUCCCUACUUCCACUGCCUGUGCAUCUCCUUCUUGCCCUUUAGCUUGCCCUGUAGUUUUCCUCAGCCAUGCAGUCUCUUGCCUUCCUUUCCUGAUUUCUUACACUCGGGGAUUGAGGGCUCUUGUGCUCUGUGGGAAGUGUCGUUACACACCUGCCUGCUCUGUUAGCUUAUUUCCAGUCAAGGACUUCUCCAAAGGCACAAUUUUUAAAUAUAUAAUGGAUAGCAGCCUUUUGAUCGCAUGAACAUCUUUCAGCAUCAUCAGCCCGUGUAUUUGAUGAAUCUUUCAAAACCUAAAUGAAUGUAUUUGAACCUGUAUCAGUGCAGGCAUUGCUGCAAAUGCCGAGGUGUUAGAAGCCAUGGAGAGUAUCUGCCUAAAUCAUGUUGUGGAUCUUGGUCUUAGCAAUGAUUUAGAAGAUACUUGGCCAGAAGCUGGAAAUGACCCUCGUUAGAAACCAGAGAAGAGGAGGAAUACCUGUGAGUCAUGUGUCAGAUGGUAAGAUGAUGAACUCUGAAAAAGCAAAUAUCCCGAAAUACAGCAAGCAAGGCAUUUCCAGUGGGGAAAGGAAGCCUUCCCUUAAAUGCUUUUCUAUAAGGUGCAGAUGACAUUUCCUUAGAACUCAGUGGGAAUUCUGAUCUGCUAUAUUAAAGAGACAUUAAUUUAAACCAGAAGACAGACAUAUGGAAGAGCAACCGGAUAACAGCAAUGGGUAGCGGGUCGUAAGAGUUUGUUCCUUGAGAAGAGAUGCUGUUCAGCUUGCUGCUGCUUAUGAAAAUGUCUGAGAGGGAAUAAGGUGAGAAAAAACAACUGUAGACAAAAAUAAAGAGAAAUAAAGACAUGACAGCUAAAUCAAGGCUGAAAUGUCAUUGUUAAAAGUGGAACACACGCAAGAUCAUAAGGACCAUCUCACUGGGAGUCAGCUCAGACUCCCUCUGGCCCAAGCUCCAACGGUGGCCGUGAGUGGAGGCACAGGAAGGUCUGGAAGAAUGGGGGAAGCGCUCACAGUGUCCCACCUCUGGAACGGGGGAAGCGCUCACAGUGUCCCACCUCUGGAACGGGGGAAGCGCUCACAGUGUCCCACCUCAACACACAUCCUGACCCAACUCCUUGUGACUCACGUGACUUCAGGAGCUGGAGGUGGCUCUUCUAUUCAGGAACCCUCGAAGGAUUUCUCUUCUGUGGGGUGAUCCGGGCCCCUCUUUGGUUGAUGUGAAUUUCGAGCACCCACAGAAUUAAUUCUAUGGCAAGAAUCUCCCCAGCCCACCGCCCCUCACAUGAACAGCCGCUGCCUUUGCUCUGAUCUUGGCUUCCAUUAGCCUCAUUUUGUGCCUCUUUUGUAUUGGGAGACAGUGAACAAAAUCAGCUCCACAGAGAUGAACAAAAUCUCCCUCAACAGACCACUCAUGAUUUCAUUGUCCUUUUCCCCAUUUCCUUCAUUUUUCUCUUUUCCAGAAUGGAGACUAAAUUGUUCCAUGCACCGAAGCUGAUCUGGGCCUUUAUCAUCCUCGCUCCCUCCCUUCUGAACUUUUUUCUUGCCUUCCUGUGACCCUCUGAAGACAGAUGUAGGAGGAAAUAAACUGGAUAUAUUAUAGCUUGGUGAAUUUAUGGAUUAGAGCACACGCUGCGAGGGAGACCGAGCCACCCUCUGCUCUGCGAGUCACUGGCAAUGGAGCAGAUGAAGGGGUCAGCCGUGCUUCUGCUGGAGCUGCUGAUUCUUGGGGGCCUGAGAGCAGGGAAGGGCUCCACCGUCCUGGGCACCCUGGAUCUACAAAUAGAUGAGGAGCAGCCAGCUGGCACCAUCAUUGGGGACAUCAGUGCUGGCCUGCCCCUGGGAACCAGUGCCUACAUGUAUUUCAUCUCUGCUCAGGAGAGCAGCGGUGUUACCACUGACCUGGGGAUAGAUGAGAACACCGGUAUCAUCAAAACAGCUCGUGUCCUGGACCGAGAGACUCGGGACCACUACAGCUUCAUUGCUGUUACCCCGGAGGGCGUCACGGUGGAAGUGAACAUCCAAGUGAACGACAUUAAUGACCAUGCUCCAGCCUUUCCCAAACAGCACCGCACCUUCCAGAUCCCCGAGCACACCCCCAUUGGCAGCAGAUUUCCCCUGGACCCAGCCUUCGAUGCCGACAGCGGCCUACUCAAUACACAAGGCUACGUCAUUAAGGGCGAGAACGUGGGGCAGGCCUUCCGUCUGGAAACACGCCGAGGGCCCAAUGGCGUCCUGUACUUGGACCUGGUGGUCAGCAACGUCUUGGAUCGGGAGAACCGCUCAUCCUACUCGCUGCUGCUGGAAGCCUAUGACGGUGGCUCUCCCCCCCGGAGCACCCAGAUGACGCUGGAUGUGUCCAUUCAGGACAUCAAUGACAACGCUCCUACCUUCAACCAGAGCCGCUACCACACUCUCAUCUCGGAGAAUCUGAAACCUGGCAGCAGCAUCCUGCAGGUCUUCGCCUCUGACGCGGAUGAAGGUGACAAUGGGGACGUGGUUUAUGAGAUCAACCGGCGGCAGAGCGAUCCUGACCAGUACUUCACCAUCGACUCCCGGACUGGAGUCAUCAAGCUCAACAAAGGUCUGGACUAUGAAGUACGGAAGGUGCAUGAGCUGGUGGUGCAGGCAAGGGACAAGGCAGUCCACCCCGAGGUCACCACAGCCUUUGUCACAAUUCACGUGCGUGACUACAACGACAACCAGCCCACCAUGACGAUCAUCUUCCUGAGCGAGGACGGCUCCCCCCAGAUCUCCGAGGGAGCCCAGCCUGGCCAGUACGUGGCACGCAUCUCCGUUUCCGACCCAGACUAUGGCGAGUACUCCAAUGUCAACGUCACACUGGAGGGAGGGGACGGCAAGUUUGCCCUCACUACCAAGGACAACAUCAUCUACCUGAUCUGCGUGGACCAGCUCCUGGAUCGGGAGGAAAGAGACUCCUACGACUUGCGGGUGACAGCCACCGACUCGGGAACGCCCCCGCUGCGGGCAGAGUCAGCCUUCGUGCUGCAGGUGAUGGAUAUCAACGACAACCCUCCACUCUUCGACCAGCAGGAGUACAAACAAAGCAUCCCCGAGGUUGUGUACCCAGGCAGCUUUGUCCUGCAGGUGACAGCCCGUGACAAGGACCAGGGUCCCAAUGGGGAGGUGCAGUACAGUAUCGUGCACGGCCGUGACUCCCACUCCAGCUGGUUUGCCAUUGACCCUGCCACAGGUAUCAUCACCACCGCUGCCCCGCUGGAUUAUGAGAAGGAUCCUCAGCCCCAGCUGACUGUGCUGGCCACGGACCGGGGAAGCCCGGCCCUCUCUUCUUCAGCCGUGGUGCACGUGGCCCUGCAGGAUGUCAACGACAACGAGCCCGUGUUCAGGAGUAAUUUCUACAACGUGUCUCUGAAGGAGAACACGCCUGUGGGGACCUGCUUCUUACAGGUGACAGCCACAGACGCGGACAGCGGCGCGUUCGGCUCCCUGUCCUACUCCGUGGGCUCCGGCAUCGGCAGCGUCGUCCCCACGCAGUUCAGCGUGGACAAGCACACGGGGCAGCUGUGCACGGUGCAGCCUCUGGACCGCGACGAGGGCACGUCUGCCUACGACUUCACCGUCACGGCUGUGGAUGGGGGCGGCCUGAACUCCAUGGUGUAUGUGAAGGUUUUCCUGGAGGACAUUAAUGACAACCGGCCGGUGUUUUACCCGCUGGAGUAUGCUGCCAGCAUCAGCACACAGAGCAUGCCCGGCACAGCCGUGCUGCGAGUUACUGCCCACGACAAGGACGAGGGGCUGAAUGGGAAGGUGACCUACCGCAUUGUCCUGGGAAACUCCCCCCCGCUCUUCUCCCUCAACAAGGACACAGGUGUCAUCUCCCUCUCAUGGUCCCUGAGUGGUAAAGCCAACACCCUGGUGCAGCUGGUGAUCUCUGCACAAGAUGGUGGGGGCCUGCAGGCACAGCCAAAUGCCCGGGUGAACAUCAGCGUGGUGGAGGGCACCGUCUCCCCGCCUGUCUUCGAGCAAGCUCAGUACUUCUUCACGGUGGCCGAGGACGUGCCGCAGGGUGCCAGUGUGGGGGCUGUCCGGGCCCAGAACCCUCCAGGUCAUGCUGAUGACAUCUUCUAUUCCAUCUCCUCGGGGGAUCCUCACGGCUACUUCUCCAUCGACUCUGCCUCGGGGCAGCUCCGCACCAGCCUGCCCCUUGACCACGAGUCCCAGGCUGUCCUCAUCCUGGACGUGCAGGCCCGCAGCGGUUCGCCUCCUGCCUACAGCAACACACGAGUGAAGAUCUCCGUGUCAGAUGUGAACGACAACGUGCCGGUGUUCCCGGCCCCCUCCGACUCCAUUCUGCUGCCAGAGGCCACGGAGCCUGGCACCACAGUGUACACUCUGCAGGCCGAGGACCGCGACAGCGGCGCCAACGGGCAGGUCGGCUUCGAGCUGGUGUCGGGCGGCGCCGGCACCUUCAGCGUGGAGCGCGCCUCGGGGGCCGUGCGCCUGGUCGGUGCCCUGCAGUACGAAGCCAGCGCGGCCUACAGCCUGGCCAUCGUGGCCCGGGACAGCGGCACUCCCCAGCUCAGCUCCACCUUCACGUUGCUGGUGCACGUGCAGGCCGAGCACGACAACGGGCCCAUCUUUGACACGCUCACCUACCGCGUGGAGGUGCAGGAGGGCGUCCCUGUCUCCACCCGCUUCCUGCAGGUGCGGGCGCUGGCGCGCGACGCGGAGUCCCUGCCCCUCACCUACCACCUGCGCGCCGACGGGGACGCCGCCAGCUUCGGCAUCGUGCCCGAGAGCGGGUGGCUUUACGUCAAGAGCGCGCUGGACCGGGAGACGCGGGACCUGUACGUGCUCACGGUGCUGGCCUCGGCGGGAGGGGCCGGGGCCGGUGGGGAAGCCCGGAAAACGGGCACCAGCACCGUGCGGGUCAGCGUCACGGAUGAGAAUGACAACAGCCCCCGGCUGAGCGAGGAGCGGUACUUCUUCACUGUUCCGGAGAAUCAGGCUCCCGGCAGCAGCGUGGGGAGGGUGAUGGCCAGCGACCGGGAUGCCGGGCAGAACAGCCGCCUCACCUACCGCCUCCUCCAGCACGAUCCCAGCUUCCUGAUCCACACGCAGACAGGGGAGCUCAGCACCAAGCAGAGCCUGGACCGGGAGCAGCAGUCCAGCUACCAGCUCCUGGUGAUCGUGCAGGACGGGGGAGCACCGCCCCGCAGCGCCACAGGGACCAUCUAUGUCACCGUGCUGGACGAGAAUGACAACGCUCCUGCUUUCCUUCAUGUGGCCAGUGGGCAGGAGCUGCCCGUGCAGGUGCUGGAAGAGAAGCCAUCGGGACUCCUCAUCGCCUCCCUGCAGGCCAAGGACCCCGACGAGGGUGAGAACGGGACCAUCGUCUACUCACUGAUAGGAGCCUGGGCAGAGCGUUUCACGCUGCACGUGGCCACCGGAGAGCUGCGGACUGCCACGGUGCUACGCCGCGCUGACCGCGCCGAGUACAUCUUCACCGCAACGGCCAGCGACCGGGGAGCGGUGCCUCGCAGCACCUCGGCCAUCAUCCGCGUUCAGAACCCCAGCACUAGUGCGCUCUCCAUCGUGCGGGCCCUGAACAGGGAGGAGGUGGUGCAGCACAACCUGACCGUGGUGGCCGUGGAUCACGGUUUCCCACGCCGCUCCGCCACGCAGCUCCUGUCCGUGCUGGUGCUGGAUGUCAAUGAUGAGGCUCCCGCUUUUGAGAAACCGGAGUAUGAAGCACACGUCAUGGAGAACUUGCCGGCUGGCAGCCCCGUGCUGCAGGUGCUGGCCACGGACCGGGACCUGGGUGCCAAUGGGCAGGUGUCCUACGGGGGCCUUUCGGGGGGGCCGUUCUCCAUCCACCCACAGACGGGGCUUAUUGUCACCACCCAGCCCCUGGACCGCGAGCAGCAGGAGCAGCACGUGCUGACGGUCUAUGCUCGGGAUGGGGGCCUGCCCCCCAACCUCUCCAAAGUGACGGUGCGGAUAACGGUAGGGGAUGAGAAUGACCACGCGCCACAGCUGGAGAGUGCGUCCUGCUCCGUGGAGGUCCCUGAGAACCAAAGCCGUGUGGCACUCUACACCCUGCGGGCCACCGAUCCCGACGGCGGCGAGAAUGGGCGCCUGGAGUACCACGUGGCAGAUGGAGACCCUGGGCAGGAUUUCAGCCUCAACCCAGUCACUGGUGUCCUCUCCACGGCACGUGCCCUUGACCGGGAGCAAGUUGCUUCCUACAGCCUCACAGUGGUGGUGCAAGACCACGGCACCCCCCCGCGCAGUGCCACCAUGGCAGUGAACGUGCGGGUGUUGGACCUCAAUGACAACGCGCCUGGUUUCGCUCAGGCCAGCUACGUGGUGGAGGUGCCAGAGGACUUGCCUGUUGGUGCUGUGGUGCUGCAGCUGGUGGCUGAAGACCCCGACGAGGGCACCAAUGGGCAGGUCUCUUACUACCUGGGCAAUGAGUCCCUCGGCACGUUCCAGGUGGAGCCGCAGAGCGGGCGCGUCAGAAGCGCCCAGGCACUGGACCGGGAACGCCACCCCCGCUACAGCUUCCUGGCCAGGGCAGUGGACGCGGCCCCGUGGGAGCCCAAGAGCGCGGCUGUGCGCGUCACCGUCACGGUGCGGGAUGUCAACGACCAUGCCCCUGCCUUCCUGCACAGCCCGCUCACUGUCGCCUUGCCCCGCCACACGCCGCUCAAGCAGGUCGUGGCCACCAUGAGGGCGGAGGACAGGGACGCAGGUGCCAACGCCUCCAUCCUGUACCGCCUCGCCACGCCCAACCCUGCCUUCGCCAUCAACUCCUACACGGGGGAUAUCCAGCUGCUGCAGCCCCUGGGCUCGCUCAGCCAGCGCCAGCGGACGCUCUUCAUCCUGGCCACAGACCUGGGGCAGCCGGCGCUCUCUUCCACCGGCGUGGUGGUGAUCCACGUGCAGGAGGAGCCGUACCGGGGGCUGCGCUUUCCCCGGAGCACCAGUGACGUGGCCCUGCCAGAAAACGCUGCCCCAGGCACUGCCGUGACGAGCAUCCAAGCCACGCACACAGGGGGCUCUUCGGGGCGCAUCACGUACAGCAUCGUCAGCGGCAAUGAGAAGAACGCUUUCCUUAUCCAGCCCGGCUCAGGCGCCAUCUCGGUUCAGGACUCCAGCAGCCUGGAUUUCGAGGCCAGCCCCCGCCUGCGCCUGGUGGUCCAGGCAGAGACGGCAGCUUCCUUCGGCUUUAUGGCCAUAAACCUCAACCUGCAAGAUGUGAACGACAACUUGCCACGCUUCCAGCUGCAGAACUACGUGGCGUUCAUCUGGGAGUCCCAGAGCUACGACUCGCCAGUCAUCCAGGUCCUGGCAGAUGAUCUGGAUCAGGGAGCCAACGGGCAGGUCACUUAUGCCAUCAACCAGUCCCUGCCGAUGACAGGCUUGUACCACAUCGAUCCUCAGACUGGGGCCAUCACCACUGCUGCCAUCCUGGACAGGGAGAUCUGGUCCCAGACCCGUUUGGUGGUAACAGCCAUGGACAGAGGGACUCCGCCACUCGUGGGCUCUGCCACACUGACGGUCGUGGUGAUGGACGUCAACGACAACAGCCCCACCAUCCCGUUUCCCUGGGAGGUGCGCGUCCCAGAGAACACGCUGCUGGGCACGCAGAUCGCCCAGCUGACCGGGAACGACGUGGACUCGGGCCCCACGCUCUCCUACACGCUGGUGCUGGAUGGCGACGCCGCGGGCACGUUCAGUGUGCUGCGGUAUGGGGGACGCAUCGCCCUGACGGCGCCGCUGGACUACGAACAGUGCAGCCGCUACACCCUCACCCUGCGUGCCUCUGACACCCGCCACGAGACCGAGGCCAACCUCACCGUCAUCGUGGAGGAUGUCAACGACAACGCACCGAUCUUCAGCCAGGGCUUGUACCAGGUGACACUGCCGGAGCACACGCCCGCAGGCAGCAUCAUCCUCACCGUGAGCGCCACCGACCCAGACUCGGGGAGCAACGGGGACGUCACCUUCCACCUGGCCGUGCCCAGCCCUGACAUCGCCAUCGACCCCAGCAACGGGACCCUCUUCACCGUCCGGCGGGUGGAAUUCGACGCCAGCCAGCCCACGCUGGACCUGGUGGUGGAGGCCCGUGACCGCGGCUCUCCCAGCCUCUCAUCCUGGGCCACAGUGCAGCUCCAGGUGCUGGACAUGAACGACCACAGCCCCAGCUUCCAGGUGCCGCGCUACAACGCCAGUGUCCCCGAGGACCUGCGCCCCGGAACCACUGUCCUGACGCUGGAGGCCGGUGACGCCGACCUCUCCCGGGAGAACGCCGGCUUCGACUACACCAUCGUCAGCGGCAACAGUGGCAACGCCUUCCAGGUGGAGAGCCGGGUGGCCUGGGCCGGGGGGCACCUCCGCACGCAGGGUGCCCUGGUGCUCGUGGAGCCCUUGGACUUUGAGGCCAUCCCGGUCUACAACCUCACUGUGGCAGCGUCGGACCGGGGCCUGCCGCAGCGCAGCGCCACAGUGCCCGUGCUCAUCACCGUGCGGGAUGUCAACGACAACCCGCCCGUCUUCGCCCGAGCCGAGUACCGCACGGCGGUGAGCGAGAGCGCGCCACCCGGCACGGAGCUGCUGCGCGUGGUGGCCCACGACGCCGACUCAGGGCCCCGUGGCCACGUUCGCUACACCAUCAGCUCAGGCGACCAGCGUGGGCUCUUCCAGCUCCACGAGAGCACGGGGGCCCUGUGCCUGGCGCGGCCCCUGGACCGGGAGGCUCAGGCACUGCACGCGCUCGUGGUGCAGGCCACGGACGUGCCAGGCGGGCACUUUGCACUGGUGCCGGUAGCCAUCGAGGUGAAGGAUGUCAACGACAACAAGCCGUACUUCCCGGUGGAGGUGCUGAGCGCCAGCAUGCGGGAGAACCUGCCUCCUGGCACGCUGGUCACCACGCUGCGCGCCGUCGACGCCGACACCGGUGUCUUCGGGGAGCUGCGGUACACGGUGCUGGAGCAAGCGGCGGGGGAGCCCGGUGUGGCGGAGGGCCGGGACGCCUUCACCGUCAACAGCAGCUCCGGGGAGCUGCGCUCCCGGCUCACCUUUGACUAUGAACGAGCCAAAGCCUUCCAGCUCCUGGUCAGGGCCACCGACGCUGGCAACGCCUCCGCCACGGUGACCGUGCGGGUGCUGGUGACAGGGGAGGACGAAUACGACCCCAUCUUCCUGAGCCCCUCCUUCAACUUCGAGGUCCCUGAGGGUGCCCACAAAGGGCAGAGCAUCGGGCGGGUGCUGGCAACAGACGAGGACGAGGGGGCCGACGGCGUUGUGCUCUACUCCCUGGCAAAGCCCUCGCCAUACUUUGCCAUCAACCAAACCACGGGCACCAUCUACCUGCGCGUGGACAGCCAGCCCCAGAUUUAA